AUGCCCAGAUUAACAAAAAAUCAAACCAAACGAUGCAAUGUACCAGCAGAAAAUGAAGAAGAAUAUUAUAGACGUGCCAUUUUUAUUCCAUGGCUAGAUUCUUUUAUAAAUAAUAUAUCCGACCGAUUUUUAAAGCAUAAAUGUAUUAUUAAAAGUUUUAAGUGUCUUUUACCAACUGGAAAUUCUCCUAAUCAAACAGAAAAAUCACAGUAUUUAAAACUUUUAGAAUUUUAUAAAAAUGAUAUACCAGAAAAUGGUGUUAACGCUGCAGUAGCCGAAUUUGAUUUAUGGUAUCAAAAAUUCCAAUGCCCAAAUCAUUCAUUACCACAUAAUGCAAUCGAUGCAUUAAAUUUGUGUAAUGAUACUCUAUUUGAAACUAUAUUUAUACUUUUAAAAAUAUUCUCAACAUUGCCUGUUUCGACCAGUACAACAGAAAGAUCAUUUUCCAUUUUGAAAAGAAUAAAAACAUACUUGAGAAAUACAAUGAGUCAGAAUCGACUGAAUGGUUUAGCUAUGCUUCAUAUUCACAGAGAAAUAGAUGUUCAAACUUCAGAAGUACUCUCAGUAUUGGGGAAAAAAGGACCAAGGCAUCUCAACUUUAUAAUUUAA